AUGGCAACAUUAGAGAGAAAAACACCUUAUGAAAUAUUCGGCGUUACUAAAGAUAUUAGCUCUGCUAAAUUACGAACAGUCUAUCGCAAAAAAAUUCAUGAACACUUACAAAAUAAAAUUUUGGCUAUCGAUUUUCGUCUUAUUUGCCGUGCAUAUGAAACAUUAUCUGACGUCAAUAAACGUAAACUUUAUGAUUCUCGGAAAGAAUGGGUUUCUGAAUUAUCUAUUGAUAAAUACACUCCACAACAAUUGGCUGCUGAACCGGUUCUGAUAGAUGAUCUAAAAGAACGAUUACGCAAUACUAAUUUAACAGAACUUCAUGCUCAAGAUCUCAUUACAGGUCAUACGACUCUUUACUCUGCAGCUCGUGCUGGUAAUGUUGAAGCAGUUAUGUUUUUAAUUGAACAAGGAGCAGAACCUGAUUUAUCACAACGAGGAAAACGUACAGCAUUGCAUGCUGCUGCGUAUUAUGGACAUGCUGAAGUUGUUCGUUGUCUUUUGGAAAGUGGGGCCAACUAUCGCAUAAAAAAUGAAGUUAAUAAUACAGCUGAAGAUGAAGCAUAUAAUGAUGAUGUAAAAAAGGUAUUUAUUGAGCUCAAGGAAAUCGCUUACAUUCGAGUAGCGGCAAAUGAACUCGAUUGGCUUAUGAAGAAUGGAUUAACACAACAUCAAGAUACAGAAUAUUUUGCUCGACGGCAAACAUUAUUACAUUGUGCUAGUAAGAAAGGCUAUUGUGAUCUAGUACAUUGGCUUGUAGAACAAUGUGAGGCAAAUAUGGAUCUUGUUGAUUUCAAUGGAAAUACGCCUUUACAUCUUGCUGCUUACAGUGGUCAUAUAAGUGUUAUUGAUUAUCUUCUUAACCGUGGUUGUGAUCCAACUGUUAAAAAUCGUUGGGGUACAACAGCUGAAGAAGAAGGCAGUAAAUAUGGUAAUAAUAUUACUGAUAUAUUCAAGCGUAUGCAUGAACGUGACAUGUUUCAAAUGGCACGAACUGGUGUAGAUUGGUGGUUUAAUUAUUAUUUUAAUAACGUUUCAAAAGAUCUGUGUGAUUCUAAUGGUAUAAGUUUAUUAUAUUACGCAUGUCGUUAUGGACAAUAUUCUGUUGCAAAAUGGCUAUUAGAACAUGGAGCUAAUGUUAAUAUUCAAGUGAAAAAUAAACCAAAAAGUACUCCAUUACAUGUAGCGAAAUUUCGUGGUCAUGUUUUAAUCGUUGAACUUCUACUUGAAUAUGGUGCAGAUGUUAAUAUUGGAAAUGAUUCCGAAGCAAACGUCUUCGAAGAUGACAUAUCAAAAGAAGUAGAUAAAGACUCAGCGAGAAAAACUAAAACUAUCUUCCUACAAUAUUACCAUAAUUUAAUAAGUCAUAAACCGAUUGAUAUACACGUGUAUGAAAAUGAUGGUAAUAAUGAUGAACCAAUCGUAAAACUUCAACUUGAACUUUCAUCCAACUAUCAGGAUUUAUUAACAGAACUGUCUAAUCACUCAGGCGAUCAAUAUCCUUAUUUUUCUAUCGCUCGACGUAUGCUUUUCUUCGAGAAAAAGGAUACAACUAUUAUAUCCGCUGUAGGUUGUUCACGAUAUGCUUCUUCGAAAUUUAUUGAUACACCAAUUUGUCUUACGCGUCACAAAACAUUACCUGAUGGAUAUCAAAGUCAUCAAUCAAUUCGUCAGGAACCUAUAUCAAGUCUUCAAAGCAUCACUAAAAGGUUCACCUCUGAAGGUAAAAUACAUUCGUUUACAUUGAAAGCUCCAUUAAUAAAGAAAAAAGACAUUCAAAUUGGUAAUUUAAUGUUCAGUUUCUCUGAGAGUUCUGUAAAAAAUGACAUUGAAUUCAAAGUCACAAUACUUUCCACACCUGAUCUUAAAACAUUCGACAUACCUGGAUGUAUUAGCCUUUUUCAAACUGAAUUUAGUUCAUCUAGUUCUUCGCUUCUUGAACUACCUUUGGUAUCAAUGAUUGAAAAACUAAACGCUCGUUUGUACACUUUGGCACAACCGUCAUCAUUCUGGUUUAGUUCCAACACUCGUCGGAUUCGUUUAUCGAUGAUGGGUGGUAUUCAUGCAUUCGUACUUCAUUUUGAUAUUAUUCCAAAUCAGCUUACGUUACCAGCCGAUAUGUUUAUUGCAGCUGCUCUUGAAAAACCAUUGAUAUCACGAGAUAAACCUGUGCCCUGUAGAUGCUUAGUUCUUCGCAAACAUGAUUCUAGCAUGUUUCCACACAUAGCUUACCAUGGAACGACUAUAAGUGCUAUUCAAUCAAUCCUUCAUGAUGGACUAGUACUACCAGGCACGGUAACAAUCAGCGGAAAACGUAUUAAUCCACCAAAAUAUCAUAUUGCACGAGACAAAACAGCUUUCGGUAUUUCUGAUUUUGCUUCUGCUAUUUUUCUAAGUCCUAGUGUGCACUAUAGCUCGGAUUCAACAUAUGCAAAAUCAUUUUCUCAUGGCGAUCAAUUACUGGUACCUGUACUAGAAUGCAGUGUCAGCAGUCGAUGUUAUAGUAGUAAUCGUUGUACCGUACCAACCUAUAGAAAACAUAAAGGCGAUGAUAUGGAUACUAUUGAGUGGCGCGUUAAAGAUCCAAAAAAUAUCGAAAUCAAUGCGAUACUGUUCAUUACAAAGAUCAAAUCGAUUGAUGCAGCAAAAAUGGAACGACUUUUCAGAGCACUUAUCUAUUUCAAAAUGCGAGAAGGACGAAUAUUUUUGCAAUAA